GCAGGCACCAUGGCGACGGUGCCCGGGCGCUGCGCGGGUCUUGCACGACGCCCUCUGCACCGACUCCUCGCCCUGGGCAGAGGCCCCUCGAUGACCUUCAGCACGGCCGCCCAGAGGAGCACCGGCGACGAGUGCAGCUCGGAUGACCCCCCGACCUCCGACGAGCCCGACCCCUCGCUGGCCCUGCAGACCCUGGAGCACAGAGCCGUUAAACUGGAAGCGGAGGUCCGGGACUUAACGGAAAGAUAUCAGAGGGCUUUGGCGGACUCCGAAAACGUUAGGCGGCGCACGCAGAAAUUUGUGGAAGAUGCUAAACUGUUCGGGAUCCAGAGCUUCUGCAAAGACUUGGUGGAGGUGGCCGACAUCUUGGAGAAGGCCUCCGACAGCAUUUCCAGGGACGCCGCCCCCGGGGACCAGAAGCCGACCCUCGAGAAGAUCUCCGAGGGCCUUUCUGUCCUAGAAGCCAAACUUCAGAGCGUGUUCGCCAAGCACGGCCUACAGAAGAUGGCCCCCAUCGGCGGCAAGUACGACCCGUACGACCACGAGAUAAUCUGCCACGUGCCGGCCGAGGGCGUCCAGCCGGGGACGGUGACGCUGGUGACCCAGGACGGCUACAAGCUUCACGGCCGCACCAUCCGACACGCUCAGGUCGGGGUGGCCGUGGAGUCGCAGGAGUGAGUCCGACACCCCGGGGCGUUCCCCGGAACCGGUGACCCCCCCAAACCGGAAUCCUAGCCGACUCAACGGCCCCGUGGAGAUGGCGGUCGCCGGUUUCGCCUUUAUUUAUUCAACUGGGUCCGUAUUGGACGUCGGCUGCUUUGUGGGACGUCCGGGGGCUGGUUUGUCGGGUGAAAUUCCGGGACGUUCUCGUUGGUCUGACGUGACGUUUUGCCUCGGCUUCCGUCGGGUUGCUCACGCCAAUGGGGGUGGGGGUGGUCCCUCCGUUUUCGGUGACCCUCGUCAUAGGGUACGUCGGGGAAAAAGGUAUUUAUAUACGGCUGCUCUGGUGUCUUUUGGGUAGAAUGUCUGGACGCGGUAGGAAUAGAGAUAAAAGUGUG